AUGCCCAUCAUCCUUGCGCCACUGGCCGUCUUCGCCCUCCCUCCCGACGACUACAUGUCUCCCCUCGCCGAACGACAAUCUCCAACCAGCAUCGACCGGCUUUUCAAGGCCCGCGGCAAACUCUACAUCGGCGUCUCAACCGACAACGGUACUCUCCAGCAGGGCAAAACAGCGGCAAUCAUUAGGAACAACUUUGGCCAAGUGACGCCCGAGUACUCGAUGAAGUGGGAUGCACUCGAGCCCGCACGCAACCGCUUCACCUUUGGCAACGCCGACUUUCUCGUCAACUGGGCCCGGCAGAACGGCGCCAAGACCAUCCACGGCCACACACUGCUGUGGCACCGCGCCCUGCCGGCGUGGGUGUCCGUCAUCAGGGACAAGGCUACGCUUGCGGUCGUCGUCGAGACACAUAUCAAGGCCGUCGUCGGGCGAUACAAGGGCAAAGUCCGAUCGUGGGACGUCGUCAACGAGGCUUUCAACGACGACGGCUCACUCCGGAGCUCUGUCUUCUCUCGGGUGCUCGGCGAGGCCUACAUCGGCAUCGCCUUCCGCGCGGCGCGCGCCGCAGACCCCGACGCGAAGCUCUACAUCAACGACUAUAACCUUGACCGGGCGGAUUGGGCUAAGGUCGUCGCCAUAGUCAGCAAGGUGAACCAGUGGCUCGGCCAGGGCAUUCCUAUCGAUGGCAUAGGCUCCCAGACGCAUCUGGCCCAGAACAUGGCCGGGAACGUCCUGGGCGCACUGCAGAAGCUUGCGAGCGCACGCGUCACCGAGAUCGCCAUUACCGAGCUCGAUAUCACCGGGGCGCCACCAAAUGAGUACGCGAACGUCGUAAGCGCAUGCCUCAGCGUGCCCAAGUGCCGAGGCAUUACUGUCUGGGGGGUCAGCGAUAAGAACUCUUGGAUCAGCACCGCAACACCAUUGCUUUUCGACGUCAAUUACGAGCCGAAGCCAGCGUACAAUGCUAUUGUCACAAGGUUGCGGCAGAAGUAA